AUGUCGAUGGAGUCGGCGAUGAGUGAAGUUCACACAGACUUCAGGGGUUGUAGCCUGCUGCCUGACUUCGUGGCGGUGGCAGACGUCUCGCAGCGUACUGGGGUAGGGUACUUGCAGUACAGCAAUGGCGCUAUCUACGAAGGCGAAUGGCUGAAUGGCGAACGGCACGGCCUUGGGGUGUGCUACUACCCUUCUGGCAACAUCUUCGUCGGCCAGUUCCGCUCAGGGCUGAUGGAGGGGCCGGGCACCAUGUUCUUCGCGACGGGCGAGUUUUUCAGCGGAGAGUUCAAGGACUCGACCAUCUACAAGGGGGUCUACAGCCGCCAAGGGCGCGAGAUCUGUGGUAUCUGGAAAGACGGCAAUCGGGUGAGUGAGAUGCCCACCAAAGCACCCGAGGUGCUCCAGCGUGCCCGCGCAGCCCUCUUCGCAACCAUUGUAGAGCAGGUAAAUGAGUACCUCUGGGGAGCCGCAAACAAUUCAACGAAACUGGUGCUCUCUGCAGCGCCUUCGGGCGGUGCACAGCAGGCGCCUCUUGACAUCCUCAGUUCUAGCACCGACGCGCACGGCACACCCACGGCGCCCCCACAGCACCUCACUGUGGCGCCUACCUUCGAUGUAGGAAAUCAGAGUUUCACGAACAUCCGAUUCCGCCCUAACGCGUCCAUCGCGGACGGCGACGUGAAGAGCAGCGCGCAUGGCAUCGUCACGCAGUACGGCUCCCCUGCCACAGUUUUCGCCUGCGCGGCGCCGGCCCCAAACGAGAUUUUUUCCGUCGGGCGCUUCACGCUGCGCUGCUUCGUCUUUCUCUUUCCUUUUUUGUCACUGCCGUGGGUGCCGGUGGCGCCGCUACGCAUCACCUCGCUGCACGAGGAGAGAGAGUUCGUAGUGAGUGGGGCUGCGCUGCGCAGUGACUUCGACGCACCGUCGUUUUCUAUGUGCGUCAUUGCUGUUGCAAUAUUGUGCCAGAUCGUUGCCAUCAUUCUUGUGGCCUCCCGGGUUCCGCUAGGGCAAGUGCAAGAUGGCAAGCUGACACUGCCGGAGAUGGUCGUGCCCUGUGUGCUGUGGCUUGUGGUCGCGCUGGUGAAGGCGUCCUACAGAAGCUUCUUCCGAUUUCCACACGGGCUGGAGAGGGUUGACCGGCGGUUUACACCGAAGCUGUCGGCCCUGGCGGCGAGCCUGGUCGAUGCAAAGUCGAGUGUCUGCAUCUUUACCUACGACGACGAUGGCAAAGGCAAGGUGAUGAACCGACACUACAAAUACCGCUGGCUGCUCUUCGGCGUCGUGUUGGGCUUGAUGAUGAGCCUCUCUGCACCGGCGACGCGCGGCGGGUAUGGGCACAACAUGUUUGGCUCUAACGGCUUCCAGCUAGCAGCCACCCUUCUCACCUUCUUCGCGACGUUUUUAUUUGCGGCGACACUGACGUUUUUGGUGCUCAAAAUCACGGACAUGCAGCGCGAAAUUCGGGCCAAGCUACACGUGCUGACGAACCUCGCCUUCUUAGAGCGCCGAUGCCUCAUGAGCCCCAGCAAACAUGCAAACAUGGCCUUCGAUCUGGACGAGUGCUUCAAUGCCAAGAACGUGUUCAGCGGCUUUCCAGGCUGGUACAGUCUACGCUCCCUAAUCCUCUACGCCUCUGCGUGCGCCAAUCACCGCGCGCGCACCACCGCGAUGCGCAUUUUCUGGUUCACCCUCGUGUGCGCCUUUAUUGUGGGCAUCGCCGACGCACUUCUGACGAUCCACGGCAACAGGCCCAGCGAUCGGUACUACUCCACCGCCCACUCCUACGCGUUCUUUACCUUUCUCUUCUGGGGCGCGUUGCUGCUCCGGUACCUCUACGUGUGCGUUUCCACCCGCCGCGAGCUGCAGCACCACCUGUACAUCAUGGACGUUGCUGGGCUGUAUCACCGUGUGAAGCUGAGUGACUCGGAGGCGAGUGACAUCAUUCAGCAGUGCCGCUGCAUCUGCGAGAGCAACGACGCGGAGCCAGAGAUAUUCCCUGUGAUGAUCUACAGCUUUGUUGUCUUCUUGACGGUCAUUCUGAACUUGGCGGCCAUGGCAGCCAUCUGCUACCAGCUCGGUCGGGCCAUCUACCGUUGA